AUGGAGAAGAUCCUGAAGGCAGAGCUGAACACCAACAUUCUGAAGGCACUGGGGAGCUCUGGGGGAGGAUGCAUCAGCCAAGGCCAAACGUAUGAGACAGACAGAGGACGGGUGUUUGUGAAAAUCAACCACAAACCUCAGGCAAGAAAAAUGUUUGAAGGGGAAAUGGCAAGUUUGGAAGCGAUUCAGAAAACCAAUAUUGUGAGAGUGCCUCAGCCCAUCAAAGUGAUUGACCUGCCUGGAGGAGGAGCCAUGUUUGCCAUGGAGUACCUAAAGAUGAAGCACCUUAACAAAUAUUCUUCAAAGCUGGGAGAGCAGAUAGCAGAGCUUCAUCUUUAUAAUCAGAAGCUUGGAGAGAAGCUGAGGACUGAGGGAAGCACAAUUGGAAAAGGAGCUGGUCACUCCGAGGCCCAAUUUGUGGAUCAGUUUGGAUUCCACACAGCCACUUGCUGUGGUUACAUCCCACAGGUGAAUGAGUGGCAGAGUGACUGGCCAUCCUUCUUUAUCCGUCACCGACUCCAGGCUCAGCUGGAUUUGAUUGAAAAAGACUAUGGAGAUAGAGAAGCCAGAGAACUCUGGUCACAGCUGAAACCAAAGAUUCCUGAAAUGUUCUGUGAUGUAGAAAUUGUUCCUGCUCUCCUGCACGGGGACCUGUGGGCAGGGAAUGUGGCUGAGGACGACUCAGGGCCGAUUAUAUUUGACCCCGCCUCCUUCUAUGGCCAUUCAGAAUUUGAACUGGCCAUUGCUGGAAUGUUUGGAGGGUUCAGCAGCUCUUUUUUCUCUGCCUAUCACAGUAAAAUACCCAAAGCUCCAGGAUUUGAGAAACGGAACAAGUUGUAUCAGCUCUUUAAUUACAUAAACCACUGGAACCAUUUUGGGACAGGGUACAGGGGCUCUACUCUAAACAUGAUGAGGAAACUUCUGAAGUAA